AUGAGGUGUUUUAAAAGGCCUGGUGUUCAACCACAGAGACAUGGUCCAGAAGGUGGAGUGAAGUAUCAGACUUUCACCAUGUCACCCACCAAGGACAGUGUUAAAAAACGAAUUCAGCGUUCCUUUUCCAUUGAAAGUAUUCUGUCACUUCCCUCACCUGAAAAGACAGAGGAUCCAACAGGCGGCCCAAAACAGUCUUCGUGGGUUCAGAAGGAGCAGUGUUUGGGAGAUCUUGCCCCCAACAAUGAGCCAGUGGUAACUGUCUGCAACUGUUGCUGUUGCUCACACUCGAACCAUCGCUCUGCACAGGAAACAGCAUGGUUUGCCUCAAAGCUAAAUUGGCCUCUGAGAAUGCUACACACUAUUCCUGGCAAUGAAAUAGUCCAUGACAGAUCCACAAUAUUCCCCACACAGCCACUAGCUCAGCGUCGGACACGGCGACAUCGUACUAUCUUCACAGAGGAGCAGCUGCAGGCACUGGAAGAAACGUUCCACCACAACCAGUAUCCAGAUGUGAUUGCUCGAGAACAGCUGGCUGGCAGGAUUCAGCUCAGAGAAGAGAGAGUGGAGGUAUGGUUUAAGAACCGCAGAGCCAAAUGGAGAAGACAAAAGAGAGUGACUUCUUCGUGCAGACUGCUCAAUGAGGUGAAGAAGAAU